GAAAUUUCUUUCUCCCUACAUCACGGGUUCUCAUUGGCCUGUUCCUUUGCCCACGGCCCGUUCCUCGCGUUAAGGAAAACGCACCUUAACGUUGUUAGUAAUUAGAGAAGGAAAUUUCAAACAGUAAUAUUUACGAAAUUCUACUGUCAGCAUUAAUAUUUAUCUUGUUUUGAUAAUACAAUCUUCUAAGAAAGAAUUUAAACAAACGAAUGUGUAAUAGGAAUACUUAUAUAGUCAAGGAAAAUUCUUAGUUUCAUUACUAUGGAAGAAUUAGAAGAAAUAAGUUUUGUAGAUGAGAAUACAAAUGUACAAAAUUGGCAUUCCAUUACAGACGAACAGAAUAUUCUGAUAAAUGCUUGUAAAUAUGGACAUCGUGAUGUAAUUGAAAAAUACCUUAAGGACAAUGAUGUAAAUACAGUGUUAAGUACCGGUUGGACUCUGCUUUUAUAUGCUGCAUCAUUUUGUAAUGUUGAAUUAGUCAAAUAUCUUUUGGCAUGUAAAGCUGAUGUUAAAAUAAAUAAAGAUGGAUUUACACCCAUAAUGGCAUUAUGUAAUUCUACAAAUGGAUCAACAGAAGAUUGGUCCAUGUGUUUAUCUUUAUUAAUUGAAGCAUCAGAUUCUGUAGAUGCAAUUGAUAAUUUCAGACGGACACCUUUAAUGUUCGCUUGUAGAGUAAGGAAUGCAGGAACAAUUAAUAUAUUACUAAAGUAUGUACAAUAUAUUGAUAUUCAGGAUAAUGAUGGUUAUACCGCCUUGAUGUACGCUGUAUUAAGGGAUGAUAUAGAAAUAGUAAAAUUACUUCUUCAUUAUAAUGCUAAUCCCUUAAUUAAAAAUAAUUAUGGUGAUACUGCUAAAGAAAUAGCAAAAAUAAAAGAACACAAGGAGAUUUCUAUGUUAUUCGAGGAAGAUGAUUAUUUUAUAGUUACAUAUACAACAUGCAGAAUUAACAAAUGGCAAGAUUUAUUUUUUAAAUUGAGUUCUACUGAAGAUGAUGUUGUUAACAUUAAUAUAGUAAAUGUUUUGAAUUCAAUUGAACUACAUUACUAUAUUAAACAUUUUCAAGGAAUGGAUUUUGAAACAUUUUUAAAGUUAACAGAACAAGAUCUUAUCAAUUUAAAAAUGAACAUUAGUAUCCAUAGAGAUCGAAUUUUAAAGUAUUUGAAUUAUUAUCAUAGUUUACCAUGGGAUCAUGUCAUCUUAAAAGAUAUGAUACGUCAUUACGAAGAACCUAAAGACGCUAUUAAAACUAUGGCUUUAAUGGCACGACAAAUUAUGAUUAUGACUUCUACUUUACAUUUUAUACGAUCAAAUGUAGAUAAUGAAUAUUUUGGUAAUAUAUUUACCUAUGAUACACAAAUAUCUGAAUAUAAAGAAAAAAUUAAAAGCAUUGAAGAAACUAUUGUUAAUCUAAAAAAUAGACUUCGGCAUUUAAAAACUUCUGCAGAUAAGAUGAACGUAGAAAAUUUCUUAAAAUUACCUCCCAGUUACAUUGGACCAAAAAUAGUUAAAAGAAGUUACUUAAAAUCUAUUAUAUGGAGCAUGCUAUUAGUUAAUGGAAUAUAUUUUAUUAAAGUAAAAAUUUGCUUGUAAAGUAUUAUUGAUAAUAAUCAGGA